AUGUUGGAACCCACGAUUCGAGGUAACUUGGAUGCUGUGCUUGACCCAGACAACCCGCCUGUUAACAAACAGAUCAUGUUGGACUGGCUUCGUAUCAAUCACCCCAAGACUGUGGUAAGAUCCAAGGCUAACAAAGACAAGGUCGCCGACAUCGUUCGAAGCGUACAGCCUCACAUAUUCCACGAUUCAGCCUCAAAUGCUUUGGCCAACACCUCUGCAAGCCCUGACGCCUACCCAACACUUGAACAUCUUCAAGUUACGUCUCCGGUUGUCAUAAACUCUUUCAAAGCCAAAGCACAAUCAAAAAACAGUUCGGCCUCUCAACGUUUGGAGGUACCCGAUUUAUCCAAUGCCUCAACUAAAGUGGCUGAUCCUCUUCCAGCACUUGAAAAACUUCGAGUUUUGUCACCAGACGUUUCCAAGUCUUCCAAGGAACAACUGCCAAAGCGCUUGGCUUCUCAAGAUCUGGAAGUUCCUUAUCCAACAAAGCGCCUUGGUAUCAGUGAAACAGAUGCAAAAACUAUCAAGGUGAAGAUUGAAGCAAAGGCAACUAGUAAUGCAUCCAACUCCAAAACAAAAAAGUACGAUGACAAGUUGACUAAUUAUAAGCAAAACCAUCAAAGACCAAAGCGGCUCGACCAGCAAAGCGAGAAGUCUCUAAAUGGCCACAUGAGGCAUGAACUUGAAACCCUCAAACAAUCCAUCUAUGCACCUCCCCACGAUGCUUCAAAAGAGUUGACCACAGCCACUUCAGUCGUCCCAGAACUAAAUCCAGCCACACAUCAUAACGACAAUGUGGAUCUCAUCGAGUUCUCAGAUACCGAAAUCUUUGAAGUGGGGAAUCUUGUAUUUGGGCGUGAUAUCCCAAGCAUCAAUAUGCAUGCAGACCUUUCGAAACCAAAAACCGGUGUUGAUGUCAUUCAAGAGGAGCAAAGACGAGAAGAAAAAGUUCAAAGUUUGGAGGAACGCUUAGCGUCUUUGGAGAGCUCCCUCGUGAUUGCAGAACAAAAGGCCAGCAACCGUCUGUUUCAAGAUCUACAACAAGAACAAGUUAAUGCUGACCUAGUUGGUUGUUCAAGCUUCUGUGAUUGA